AUGGCCGGAUCAGCCAAUGGGAGCGCGGCGUGGGCUCGGUGUCGCCGUGCAGUGACAGGCUCGGGUGGCACCGAGGUGACAGCCACAGCCCCGCAAGCCUCGGGCCCCUCCUUCCCCCGCUCCCGUCCCGGUUCCUCCCGGCUACCCCGGUUCCUCCUCGGCCCAUCCCCGUUCCCAUCCCGUUUCCCUCCCCGGUUCCUCCCUGGUCCAUCCCCGCUCCCCCCGGUUCUUCCCCCGUUCCCAUCCCGUUCCUAUUCCGUUCCUAUCCCGUUCCCAUCCCCGUUUCUCUGCCCGGUUCCUCCGCCGUUCCCUUCCCCGUCCCUUUCCCUCCCCGUUCCCAUCCCCGCUCCCUCCCGCCCCCUCUCCCUCGCUCCCUCCCGAUUCCCUCCCGUUCCCUCCCCCGGUCCCUCCCCCGGUCCGCUUCCAUCCGUCGAUCCCUCCCCGGUCCAUUCUCGGUCCCUCCCGGUCCAUCCCUGGUCCAGCCCUCUCCCCCUCCAUCCCCCGGUCCCCCCCGGUCCCUCCCCGCUCCAUCCCCACUCAUUUCCCGGUCCUUUCGCCGUCUCUCUCCGGUCCCUUCCCCGUUCCAUCCUCAUCCAUUCCCCGAUCCAUCCCCGGUCCCUCCUUCUCCCCAUCAUCCCCAGUCUCUCCUCGGUCCCUCCCCCUCUCCAUCCCUCUCCCCGGUCCCUCCCCGGUCUCUCUGCUCUCCAUCCCCGCUCCAUCCCCGGUCCCUCUCCGCUCCCUUCCCCGUCUAUCCCCGGUCCCUCCCCGGUCUCUCCCCAUCCAUUCCCCGCUCCAUCCCCGGUCCCUCCCCGCCCCAUUCCCGGUCUUUCCCCGGUCUCUCCCCGGUCUCUCCCAGGUCCCUCCCCCGCUCCAUCCCUCUCCCCAUCCCUCCCUGGUCCCUCUCCGCUCCCUCCCCGCUCCAUCCCCAAUCCUCCCCCGGUCCAUUCCUCUCCCCGCCCCAUUCCCGGUCCCUCCCCGGUCCCUCCCCGGUCCCUCCCCGGUCCCUCCCCGGUCUCUCCCCGGUCUCUCCCCCGCUCCACCCCCGCUCCCUCCCCAUCCAUUCCUUGGUCACUCCCCGGUCUCUCUCCGGUGCCUCUCCAGUCUAUUCCCAUCCCUCCCCGCCCCAUUCCCGGUCCCUCCCGGUCCCUCCCCAUCCAUCCCUGCUCGAUCGCUGCUCCAUCCCCGUCCCUCCCCGUCCCUCCCGGUCCCUCCCAAUCCAUCCCUGCUCCAUCCCAGUCCAUCCCCAUCCCUCCCCAUCCAUCCCCAUCCAUCCCCAUUCCUCUUGGUCUAUCCUCGGUCCCUCCCCGGUCCCUCCCCAUCCCUCCCCGUCCCUCCCCAUCCCUCCUGCUCCAUCCCCGGUCCCUCCCCAUCCAUCCCGGUCCCUCCCCAUCCCUCCUGGUCUAUCCUCGGUCCCUCCCCAUCCCCAUCCCCAUCCCCAUCCCUCCCCAUCCAUCCCCAUUCCUCUUGGUCUAUCCCCGGUCCCUCCCCGGUCCCUCCCCGGUCCCU